UUGCUUCUCCCCACUAUGGCUGCUCUGGCGCACCCUCCUCAAAACGUAGAUGAGAUCCUGGCCAUCGAAUCCGCCCUUAUCUUCCCCGAAUUCACGGCCGACACCGCUUGGGAGCUCGGAAAUGCCCUCAGAACAAGGCUCCUGGAUUUUCCCACGCCCGCAGUCGUCAACAUCGCGCUGGCGAACAAUAACCAACUACUCUUCCACUGCGCCACGCGGCCGGGCACGCUCCCUGACAACGACUCGUGGGUCUCACGCAAGCGCAAAGUGGUAUUACGAUGGGGCCGCUCGACUUGGGCGAUGCACAACAAAUUUGCUGAAUUAGCCUACCUGCCAGCGGCACCAGAGGGACCAGAGGGCCAAUUUGCUGGCUUUUAUCAGCUCGGAGACACCGCUGGCGAGUAUGCAAUCCACGGUGGCGGCUUCCCGGUGCGCGUGAAAGGCGUGGAGGGUGUCGUUGGCGCAAUUGUCGUGAGUGGGCUGCGGCAGGAAUGGGACCAUCAGGUCAUUGUGGAGACUGUCCAGCAAUUCUUGAAAAACAAAUCCGCAACGUAA